AUGAACGAUGCAAUAAUACAGUUUUGUAGUACAUGUAAAGAACUUGCUGGAUUCUAUUGCAACGGCUGCAAUAAAAUCUUUUGUCAGUCACAUGCGGAUGAACAUCGACAAUCUCUUUAUGAGCAAUUUGAUUGGUUAGCAGUCGAUCAUGAUGAUUUAGUCCAAAAGUUGAAUCAAACAUCUACAAUCAUGCAAAGAAAACUUCCAUCAAGGCGAAUUAUCGAUAGAUGGGAGGAAGAAUCUAUAGAACAAAUUCGACAAACGGCGAAUGAAGCUCGACAUGCACUUAUGGACGUCUUUAAACUUCAUUUGAGUCAAUUGAGAGAGAAAUUAAAAUUACUCACCGACGAUCUAAAUCAAAUAUACGAAAAUCAAGAAAAAACAUUCGAUGAAAGAAAUAUCAAACAAUGGGCAACAGAUUUACGCAAUAUCAGACAAGAUUUUCUCACAACGCCCGCGUUCACCGUGCGUAUUCAUGGAAACAAGCCUGUUGUCAUGCCAAUUAUCAAAAUUCAACCUGAACGAACAUAUCUCACUCCAACGACGCCAUCGCAGAAGCCAGCAGGUUUAAUUUCAAUCAAAUCAUCACAAGCAACAAAUCCAUUCGAAGUUCUGUUUCAUUCGACACAAUCACAAAAACUCAUCGAUCAUCCUCCGAAUUCUCCUUUACAAAAAGAUGAUCGAUUUCAUUCCAAAUCCAAUCAUGUGAAAGUUCUUGAUUACGGUCAAUUAAUUAUUCAUGAUUCGACUAAUGAAGAUGCAUCCAUUCUUGGUUUAAAUGAAUAUUCUCAUGGUGAACAUAGACUUUUCUUCCGUAUCGAAAAGUUACCUGUCAACGAGUGGAUUUUCUUCGGCAUUAUGUCGAAAAAUGGUACAUUCAGUCAAAAAGCAUACACCGAUCCAUCUGCUCACGGUUGGACAGGAUACAACAAUGUUUAUAUCCAUGGCAAAUCCAUGCCUGUUCUCAACGGAUAUCUCAGUAAUAUGCAAGUAAAUGACUUUGUUGAAUUAACAAUCGAUUGUGAUCGAGAAACACUUUAUCUUUGGCAUUCACGACAAAUGUAUAAGAAUAAACUUCCUGUUGAUAGACGUACAUGUCCUUUUCCAUGGCAAUUGUUAAUUAGUUGUCACAAUGCCAAUGCUUCCGUGCGUCUCUUACCGUUGUCGAUUGGUUCAAUCAUCAAACUUGAACAAGACAAAUUAAAUCAGAAAAUGAAAAUCAAAGAAAUUGAAUUUCCCAAUCGAAAAGACUCGUUAACUAUCCAAAAGAAAUCGAGUUCCGUAGAAAUUAUCUAA